AUGCCAUUAGACAGAGAAGAACCACAACAUUUCGGUGCUGGUCCAGCUCAAUUACCAACAAAAGUUUUACAGCAAGCUGCUAAAGAUUUAGUCAAUUUUAAUGAAAUAGGUUUGGGUAUUGGUGAAAUUUCUCAUCGUUCUAAAGAAGCUACAAAAGUUAUAGAUGAUGCUAAAUUACAUUUACGUCAAUUGAUGAACAUCCCAGAUACUCAUGACAUCUUCUUCAUCCAAGGUGGUGGUACUACCGGCUUCUCUUCAAUUGCAACAAACUUGGAAACUGCUUAUUUGGGUAAAACUGGUGAAAUCGCACCAGCUGGUUAUUUGGUCACUGGUAGUUGGUCACAAAAGGCCUUUGAAGAAGCUGAGAGAUUACAUAUACCUUCAAAAAUUAUAUUCAAUUCAAAGGAUUCAGAUAAAAAUGGCAAAUACGGUUCUAUCCCAGAUGAGUCAUUAUGGGAGGAUAAAAUAAAAGGACAUAAGUUCUCAUACAUAUAUUUUUGUGAAAAUGAAACUGUUCAUGGUGUCGAAUGGAAUUCUUUACCAGAAUGUUUACAAAAUCAAGAUGAUAUAGAGGUAGUCGCUGAUUUAUCCAGUGAUAUAUUAUCGAGAGAAAUUGACGUUUCUCAAUAUGGUGUAAUUAUGGCAGGUGCCCAAAAAAAUAUUGGUUUAGCUGGAUUAACCGUUUAUAUUAUUAAAAAAUCAAUCUUACACAAUAUCUCAAAAGUUUCCGAUGAUCAAUUGUUUGAAUUCGGAAUCCCAAUAACACCAAUUGCUACUCAUUACCCAACUAUCGUCAAAAAUAAUUCAGCUUAUAAUACUAUACCUAUUUUCACUUUACAUGUAAUGGAUUUAGUUUUCCAACAUUUGCUUGAGAAAGGUGGUGUGCCAGCUCAACAAAGGGAGAAUGAACAAAAGUCAGCUUCCUUAUAUUCUGCUUUAGAUUCUCACCCAGAUUUUUAUAACUUGCCAGUUGAUAAAAAUUGCAGAUCGAAGAUGAAUGUAGUUUUCACUUUGAAAAAUCCUGAACUGGAUAGUAAAUUUUUAGAAGAAGCUUCAGCUUUAAAAUUAACUGGUUUGAAAGGUCACAGAUCAGUUGGUGGUUUCAGAGCAUCUAUCUAUAACGCAUUAUCCAUAGAAGCUGUAGAGAACUUAUCAAAGUUUAUAAAAGAUUUCGCUGAAAAAAAUGCUUAA